AUGUUUGAUGCUGCUUUGGAUGAUGAAAUCAAUGGGGAAUAUUGUACCCCACUAAACAAGACUAAGGACGAUGAGUUUCUUAACAAGUUAUGCCCGGGAGGUGGAGAAGAGAAAAAGAUUGAAGAGAUAGAUAAUAAUGAGGAAUUUGACAAUGAUGUACUUGAGGAACAUCCUAUCUUUAAUCCUCAUGUACACUGGAAAAAGCAAGAACCAAUUUUAGGCAUGAGAUUUGAGGAUCCAAAACAACUUAAGAGCAUGUUAUGUAAUUAUGCUGUUAAAAAUGGAUAUCAACUAUGGUUCGAAAAGAAUGACAGUAAGAGGCUUUUAGUAUUAUGUUGUAAAGGUGCUUGUACUUUCAUGCUAUGGGCAAGUUGUAUGAGUACAUAA